CCUCGUCGUCGGCCGACCGAGUGAAACGGAUCGCGGCGAAACCUUCGGGUCGAAAAUAUUUCGCCGUGAAAACGCUUUUUGGCCGUCGCGCGCUUUUCGGUGCGUUCCGCGCGCGGCGGGCACACUUCGCAGACCACGCACGGACCGUGUAUAAUAUUAUAAGCUUCGUUGUCGCCGCCGCCGCCGCCGCCGCCACAUACGGUUGGCAGUCGUGCGAACGGUUAGGCGGAUGCGCGCGUGUCCCUUCCUCCCGUCGCGGGACGCCCGAGCGCCGGUCGCCUCUCCGCUCCGCGAUCCCAACUUCUCCCGUUUCGUGCGGCAUUCGUUAUCGCGUCGCUUUCCGCGGAGUGUCUUCGUCGUGGUCGUCGCGGUGUCCACUUGAUGAGAGCACGCGUUCGGAAACGAAAAAAAAUACGAAAUGUGUUCGACACGCGCGUUUUCGUCGUGACGACGAUCGCCGGAAACGACGGUCGAACGAUAACCACAACAGUUGCAGUCGAAAACCUUGCGUGCGCAAAUUCUCGUAUACACGUUAAUCGCGCCCCAUCGGUACAACAUAAAUACACGUAUUCGGGUAUAGGUUUUUAAUAUAUACCGUACCGUUUGCCGUUUACGCAAACGCGGACGCCGCGAUACGAAAAUAAAUACGCCGCCGCCGCCGCCGUCGCCGAGUAGUAGUAGUACUAAUACCUCCGUAUACCUAGACCACGCGCGCGGUCCGGCACUUGUCCAGUGAAAGUUUAUACUUUUUUUUUUUUUUUCGUUUUUCGUUCCAUUACCGCAGUGCACGCCAGUGUGUGUCGUCCGUUCAUGCCGCGCACCGUAACAUAGUCUUCGUACCGCAACAGUUGACACUCGACCGCCGCCGUCGACAAAGAGGGUGCGGAUCGUACAACAUUGCCGGGUCACCGGAUCGUGAGCAAGUGCUGCCGCUGCGCCUAUCGCUCGCGACAUGAUGCGGGUGCGGAAAAAGUUGUGCCGCGCCGCGGGCUGCGGGUGACGGAUGCGCGGCAGCACCGAGUACCAGCACAAUCGACGUCGACCGUCAGCGAGCGGUGACAACACGAGGGCAACGGCCGCGAUCCGUUGGCCGCGGGCGACGACCACCGCUGGUGCACGGCCAUCAUCAUCGCUACGGGUCCGGUGCUGUUCUGAUCGUUCGGUGUUGGUGGCGGUGCGUUGGCGCGACAGGCAGCACCGCGCGUACGACCACGGCCGGCUGCAAACUGACCGGCUGCGGCUGUUGUUACCUACCGGCGAUCUGUUGUCUGGCCGCCGUGAUCACGUCGCUGUCGCUGAUGCGCUCCCGCGCGGCCGCGUUCGCCGACGUGAACGUGACCGUCGACCACGUCCAGCAGCAGCAGCAUACCGCCGCCACCGCCGUCAUAGGCCAUGAUGUCCGCAUGGUCCACCGUGACCAAGCGGUCGAAGCGGCCGCCGUGGACGACGGGAACGCGACCACCGCUGCCGUAGACACGUUGUUCCACCGGUCCCUUCCAUCGCCCCUGGCGACCGCUGGCCAUCAGCCGCCGCCUCCCUCGCCUAAUCGGACCGACCAGGCCGUCGACAGCGAUCGAGUCCAUCAUCAACCCCAGUCACUUGGAACGGUGAUGGUACUGAUGGUGGUGACGGUGGUCGUGCUGGGUACCGUCGGGCUGCUCACCUGCGUGCUGCACCAUUACAACCAACAAUACAAUCCGGCCGUGCCGUGUCUGCCGUCGGCCACGUCCGGGCCGCAGCACCACAGGCUCUCCACGCCGCAGCCGCCGCUGCCGCCGCCGUCGUUGACCAAGAAGAAAAAACCGCGGCCGUCGCCGUCGCCGCCGACGACGACGACGACCAGCACCAACUCGACGACGAUCGUAGCGCCGUCGAACGGAAGCAGCAGCAGCUUUUGCGGCACCACUACGUGCUCGCGAACCGCCAUGCUGACAAUGCGAAGCAACAACGGGCUGACUCGGGAACACGACCGACAAGUCCGGUUGCACUCGGUGCGCACCGACCUGGAGCUGGAUCUGCCGCCGCGGAUCCACUUGCCGGACGGCGAGGAGUACCCGUACGGAAGCAUGGCCAAGUUGCAUCUGCGAAACUCCGAACAAGAACAGGAGAUAUACCAGAAGUGCAUCAGGGGACCGCCAAACCGGACCAUAUGGCCGUCGGCCGCGGACUGCGGAAAACUGUCGCAGCCCCUUAGGUCCAGUUCCGCGUCGGGAUUCACGUCGCUGUCCACGUCCUCGACCGAAGUGGACUCGGUCACCAGAUGCAACAGUGUGUUCUCCAGGUGUUCGCCUAGAACCGGGUUCCCGCCAGUGGACAACAUUCAAAGUUUGUCGAGUCUGACCAUGGUACCAUGUUUGAGCCACGUAGACAAACAGACGCUGAGCCAAUAGUGAAAGUCUCCCCGUUCAUGCCUACACGAAUAAAUUAUACGUAUACACAGUCAUAUCUAUAUGCCUGUGUUUAAGUACACGAGCCGGUGCUGCGAUUGUCGAGACGGAUGAAAAAACGCAUUUUUUUUUUAUAUAUAUUUAUUAAUGUAUCUAAUAUAUCCAUGUGUAUAUGUGUGUGUGUGUAGUCAUAUGUACGCACUCAAAAGCACGUAAACAAAUAUACACGCGUACACACAAACACACACACACACACACAAACACACAUAUUAUAAACAUGAUUUAACAACAAAAUUGUGUUUGUAAUCGACGGAAAAGAGAUAAUGAAUUCUCUCGCACGCUCGUCACUACCACCGGACGCGGUCGAAGAGACAUAAAUUGUCAUAUACCAGCUAAUCUGCAGUGCGUCUGAUAAUACGUCAUUGGAAUCCGUAUUAUUUAUACGUGCAUUUGUUUAUUAUGAUAUCGAUGUGACGGGAAAAAAAAUUGAAUGUACGUGUGUAAAAAGUUUGUAAUGUAAUUGCAUUUUUUUCUUUUUUAUAGUGAUAUAGUUAAUUUGAACCUUUUUUUUCUUAUUUUUAUUGUAAUUUAUUGUACGAUACAUAUGGGUACAUGCAAUUUUUUUUUGUUCUUUUGUAUUAUGUAUGAUAACAUUUCGUCGACAACGCGAGGCUGUUUUGUCGGCAAACGCAAACAAUACGUACACGUAUACACCGACGUAUACUCGUAUUAUGCUGGCGACUCGGUUUUCGAACGGUCGAGAGACCGCACGGUGUUGUUUUCGAUAUAUCUUAUAUCUAUCAUGUGUCCGCGUACUAUUCUGUAUAAAAUUAUGUAUUUAGUAAGUAUAAUGUGAAACAAUGUAAUACUGUUAUUGCGCGGUAGGUGUCAGCCGCGGCAAUCGGGUUUCCUCUUAUUUUAUAUGCAGUAUUCGCGUAAUAACAAUAAACGUCCAAUAGCGUGAAAAUAAUAAUAAUUAUCGAAAUACGUAAAACAGAAUGUAUUACUUCGCUUUGUGUUGAUGCAGAAGUCGUACCGAUGUGUUUGAAGGUGAAUUUAAUAUUAAAACGAUUGUGCUGUGCUUUUUAUAGACAAUGAACACGGGAGAAAACGUUAUUCGAAGGUUUUCUUUUCAAUUUUUUUUUCCACUACUUGAAAAUUACGUUUCCGUCGAAUGAAUAUUCUUUCUUGUUUUUUUUUUCCAAACGAUUUGGGCAACAAUUUUCUCUGCACUUAUGGAUAGUUGAUGCUGCUGCUGCUGCUGUUUACUAAGUUUUCAACGAAUUUUCGUUUGCGGUGGCGGCAGUCGUAUAUAUUCGUAAGGGCUGUUUUCAGAUAAAUCGUCAUUGUUGUUGUUAUUAUCAUCAUUAUUAUUAUUAGUAAUAAUUUUUAUAUAUUAAUAUUAAUUAUAAACGUAUAAAUAAAUACAAUAUCGCGUAUUAUCCAAUCUAGUGACUAUAAUUUAUACAUAUUACGUUGGUUGGAUAAAUCCUUUUUAUAAGAACGUUCAUUAAUGAAAUCGAUGUACCUAUACAAUAUAGUCAAAUGAAAAAUAUCUAUCAAUAUAUAUACAUAUAUUAUUUAUAUAAUAAAUAAUAAUCGUAAUCGCACAUUUUCAAUAGGAGUUUUCUUAUUUAUUUUAAUAAUAAAAAUGCGCUGACGUGAUAAUUAGUUUCGGUUUUGUGUGUAUUAAUGAAUUCUCCGAAACAAGCGCUGUCGCUUUUUAUUUUUAACGGACUCUUGAAAAAAAGAUGGGUAAUGAAUUAUUAUUAUAAUUACUAUAUUAUUAUUAUAAAUUAAAUAGUUUCUAGUCAUUCGUUAAAUUUAUUUAGCAAAUUGUUUUGUUUUUUCUAUAGACCAAAAUUACGUUAAAAAAUCAACAAGUUGUUGGCCUGUAAUUAUUGUGUUGAAUUUGUUUGCUAUCAAAUUGUUGAGCGUAAUUGAAACGACUGAUCCGUAUAAUGUUGUUGUAUAAUCAGUCGGUGUACUAGUUUUGUCAAUGGUGAUAUUAUAGAAAUAAAUUUAAACAAAAUUCAUUUUUUUAUAAUCGUGAAAAUGCUAAAACAUCGUCCAGAGAGAGAGAAUAGACACAGAUAGUGUGAGUUAGUGUAAAUGUGCUAGAACGAAAGAAUGGAUGAGAGUAUAAAGAGAUUAGUUAGAGUGUGCGUAAGGGAGAGAGAGAAAAGAAA